AUGAUCACCAUUGUGGAUUCGAAGUUUAUUGAAUUUGCUAUCCCUCAUCCACUGAUCGAAAAGGAAAUUAACUUUACUAUAGAAGACAUAAUAAUUACCGGUGAUUUUGACAACUGGACAGCGAAGGAUUAUCAUCUAAGGCUAGACGACAAAGGUUAUUACAGAGUUCGCAUUCCUGUUGCUGAAUCAAAAAAAGAUACCAUCUUUAAAUUUCAAAUAAACGGAUAUAUUUGGACAACAUUUGAGUUCUUUAAUAUUACUCAUGAUUUCGAGGGUCACACAAAUAAUAUAAUACAAUGUGGUGACUGUAAAAACCUAGAUAAAAAUGGUAAGUUGACGCGUACAAGACUAAACGACUCCAUUCGAUUUAAUGAAGUAACAGACUAUAUGGCAAUCACCAAUUCAGCUAAUUAUAAUAAAAAUAUUAGCAACGGAUUAGAAACGUCUGAGAACUCGGAUGCAUAUAUCAAUAUUUCUUCAACUAGUGAAUUGAGUAGUAUCGAGGAUAUAAAUUUGGAUUUUCAAGAAUAUGAUGAAGAAAAUAUUGACAGUACUUUAGUUUUGGACAAUAACAUUCCACCUUCAAAUAUAAACGUCUUUCCAAAUAACUAUGAGACGUUAUAUUUUAAUACCGAAAAUAAAUUUAACUUUGAUAUGAUAACCAAACGAGUAAGAACAUUAUUUAAAUGA